AAACGCGUCUUGACCUACUUGUUGCCAUGGUAACUCACAGAGAGCGAAGUGGAGCCCCCCCCCCCCCCAAACAAUCUAGAUUAGCUAAAUUAAGCCAUGGCUACUUCACAGAAAACCAAAAGCUUUUCUUGGGGAAAAGGAGACUCAGAGGACGAGGAGAGCAACAGAAUGACCAUGUUUGAUGUGCUUCACGGGGAAAUAAGAGAGAAGAUCGUGCUACAGCGGCUGAUAGUGAUUGCUCGGCUCCCCCACGAUCUUGCUGACAGGACAGAACUGGGAGUUUAUUAUGAAAAACUCAACUUUCAGCUAAGCAAACAGUAUAUAUGGGAUCAUAUGACGGGCCUGCUGUUGAUUUAUCCAUCCUGUCUGCUGCAUAUCAUUGAAUCAUCCAGGGAGGUUCUGCUUUCUGUUCUGAAAGACCUUAAAGACAUGCAACAACAGCCAGACGGUACCUUGCUGGAAGCUGCCAAGGUUGUGUUCAUGGCACAUAACCCUCCAAGCAGGCUGUUCCAACAGUGGAGCUACAAGGUGCUCGAUGCAGAUCACGGGGCGGAGGACUCUGUGACUAAAGGACCUGAUGAAGAGGAAGAGAGCACAGAGACUCUGGUUUGCACUGUCCUGUCAGCGCUGCAGAAACUGGGCGAACAUCUUAAAAUAUCUAAGGCUGUUCCUGGGUCAGGGCUGGAUACGUCUCCGGAGCUGAUCGUCUCUCAGGAGGUUCUCAACAAACUUUUGGCUCGAGAGGAGCUCCUGACUCCGCAACAACACCUCCAGAUGUACAACUCACCGUUAGACAUCAGCAUGGACUUUGGACAAGUCAUGCGAAGCAGCUGCCUCACUACGGUUUAACACUUUGGACAAAAGGUCAAAGGAUGUGUUCGGCCUUCACGAAAGCACCUUGGAUGAGACUGAAGGCUUCCUAGCAGAUAGAAAUCACUGCGACAGUUUUAUACCAACAUUUAACAAACUGCAGCACUCAUUUUUUCUUUCGUUCUUCAAUAUCUUUUGUUCCAAAAGGAUUUUAUAUAUAAAAUUUGUUUGAGUGAAAUAACAUUGAACACAAUUUAUUUAAAAAGCACAGAAAAUCCAAGUAAUAUAAAAACAUUUUUAAUAGUUUCAACAUUCGGAUGAGGUUAAUUUUAUUUCUAUCUUACUGUACACUGUGUUCCACUUGGUGACCGGGAGAUUUCCUCUUUACUCCAAACUUUAAAGAGUCCACAGUGUCACGACAGUUUGACACAAAGAACUUUUAAGUCUAAAAAGUUUCCUUGAUCACUCAUGUGUUCCCUUUUUAUUUUGGCCCCCAUUACUUGGAACUUAAACUUAAGCAACAACAAAAAAAAGAUGACUGGAGUUGUACUUGCAAUGGCUGCAUGCACCACAGUGUAUUCUACAAACUGUACGAGGAAAAACAAACCUGUAUGCUUUUGUCUUGUUUGCUGUAGGAUUUCAGUGUAAAGUCACAGGAACUUUUCAAGAUAUUUGAAGUCCUUAAAAAGCGCAUUGAUUUCCUGACACUGUUCUCUGUUCAGAGCCAGAUGUGCUUUUCUUAUUUGCUAGAUAUAAAAAGGGUGAAACGUACUGUAUCGAUGGAACACAGAAGAUAACAUGGUGAAAAAAGCAGUAAAUCAUGAAUGUUUUAAACAAACCGUUGGCAGAGCCGAUGGACAGUUGGACUAAAAAAGGUUGAGGGCAGCACUGAAUUCUUCUUCUUUUAUAAAGGUCAAUCUGUUCAUUUAUAAAAAAUAAAUACAAGCACAUUUAUAGAGGACCAAAGAUGAGACAUAUUUCAUAGGCAUGGUUAAAAAGCAUGCUGCUGAGUUUCACACAGGACAAUGUCGAAUCAAACACCCCCCGACUCCCCUCCCUCCCUCCCUCCCUAAACUUGGUCAUAACACUCUUUUUAUCAAAUACCCCACCACCCUCUUCUACUUGAAACUAUGUCCACAACACACACAAUCCGCCUUCAUCACGAGCGAUGAGGUGAACAUCGUCUAUCACCGAUACAUUCCACCUAUUCAUGUAAAAAAAAAAGGCCUUCGUAUUUUAGUGCUCAAAGGUCAUGCUUGCAAAAGCUGUAAUACUGGAAACUGUCUCUGGAACCUCUCUCCCGGCUGUCUCUGCUCGACAGGGCUAUUGUUAAUAAAGUUGUGUUUGACGAAUA